UCGGUUGCGCGCGCGCUCCCUCCUCUCGGAGAGAGGGCUGUGGUAAAAGCCGUUCGGAAAAUGGCCGCCGCCGCCGCCGCCGCCGCGCCGAGCGGAGGAGGAGGAGGCGAGGAGGAGAGACUGGAGGAAAAGUCAGAAGACCAGGAUCUCCAGGGCCUCAAAGACAAGCCCCUGAAAUUUAAGAAGGUGAAGAAAGACAAGAAAGAAGACAAAGAGGGCAAACAUGAGCCGCUACAGCCUUCAGCCCACCAUUCUGCUGAGCCAGCAGAGGCAGGCAAAGCAGAGACAUCAGAAAGCUCAGGCUCUGCCCCAGCAGUGCCAGAAGCCUCUGCUUCCCCCAAACAGCGGCGUUCCAUCAUUCGUGACCGAGGACCUAUGUAUGAUGACCCCACCUUGCCUGAAGGUUGGACACGAAAGCUUAAGCAGAGGAAGUCUGGCCGCUCUGCUGGAAAAUAUGAUGUAUAUUUGAUCAAUCCCCAAGGAAAAGCUUUUCGCUCUAAAGUGGAAUUGAUUGCGUACUUUGAGAAGGUAGGCGACACCUCCUUGGACCCUAAUGAUUUUGACUUCACGGUUACUGGGAGAGGGAGCCCCUCCCGGAGAGAGCAGAAACCACCUAAGAAGCCCAAAUCUCCCAAAGCUCCAGGAACUGGCAGGGGUCGGGGACGCCCCAAAGGGAGCGGCACUGGGAGACCCAAGGCAGCAGCAUCAGAAGGUGUUCAGAUGAAAAGGGUCCUGGAGAAGAGCCCUGGAAAACUUCUUGUCAAGAUGCCUUUCCAAGCAUCGCCUGGAGGAAAGGGUGAGGGAGGCGGGGCUACCACUUCUGCCCAGGUCAUGGUGAUCAAACGCCCUGGCAGAAAGCGAAAAGCUGAAGCUGACCCUCAGGCCAUUCCUAAGAAACGUGGCAGAAAGCCUGGGAGUGUGGUGGCAGCUGCUGCUGCAGAAGCCAAAAAGAAAACCGUGAAGGAGUCUUCCAUACGGUCUGUGCAUGAGACCGUGCUCCCGAUCAAGAAGCGCAAGACCCGGGAGACAGUCAGCAUUGAAGUCAAGGAAGUGGUGAAGCCCCUAUUGGUGUCCACCCUUGGUGAGAAGAGUGGGAAGGGACUGAAGACCUGCAAGAGCCCUGGGCGAAAAAGCAAGGAGAGCAGCCCCAAGGGGCGCAGCAGCAGCAGCAGUGCCUCCUCACCCCCUAAGAAGGAGCACCAUCAUCACCACCACCAUUCAGAGUCCCCAAAGGCGCCCAUGCCACUGCUCCCACCCCCACCCCCACCCCCACCUGAGCCUGAGAGCUCUGAGGACCCCAUGAGCCCCCAUGAGCCCCAGGACUUGAGUAGCAGCAUCUGCAAAGAGGAGAAGAUGCCCCGAGGAGGCUCGCUGGAGAGCGAUGGCUGCCCCAAGGAGCCAGCCAAGACUCAGCCCAUGGUCGGGUCGACCACCGCCACAGUUGCAGAAAAGUACAAACACCGAGGGGAGGGAGAGCGCAAAGACAUUGUUUCAUCCUCCAUGCCAAGGCCAAACAGAGAGGAACCUGUGGACAGCCGGACGCCCGUGACCGAGAGAGUUAGCUGACUUUACACAGAGUGGAUUGCAAAGCAAACUAACAAGAAUAAAGGCAGCUGUUGUCUCUUCUCCUUAUGGGUAGGGCUCUGACAAAGCUUCCCGAUUAACUGAAAUAAAAAAUAUUUUUUUUUCUUUCAGUAAACUUAGAGUUUCGUGGCUUCAGGGUGGGAGUAGUUGGAGCAUUGGGAUGUUUUUCUUACCAACAAGCACAGUCAGGUUGAAGACCUAACCAGGGCCAGAAGUAGCUUUGCACUUUUCUAAACUAGGCUCCUUCAACGAGGCUUGCUGCAGAUACUACUGACCAGACAAGCUGUUGACCAGGCACCUCCAACACCCUCCCCCCAGUGUGCUCAUUAGAGACAGCAGUUGAGAGGACACUCCCGUUUUUGGUGCCAUUGAUGCCCUGUCCAUAGCUUCCCUGACUCUUCCACCAUCCCAGCUCCCAAUCUGAGGGACUGGGAGGUAUGAGGCAGGAAAAAACAUUGGAUUCUUUUUUUUUUUUUUUUUUUUUUUUUUUUUUUGAUUUUUCGAGACAGGGUUUCUCCGUAGCUUUUUUUUUUGGUUCCUGUCCUGGAACUAGCUCUUGUAGACCAGGCUGGCCUCGAACUCAACCAUUGGAUUCUUUAGAGAAGACUAGAGGUGGCCAAUGAUUGUGGCCCAAUGAUUAGAACUGUGGUGGCACAAGUCUGGCCCCACACCCACCCCAAUCCAAAACUGACAAGGUUAUUUUGAAAAACAGGAAAGUGGCACCUGUCUGAUCCAGCUCUGGCAUGGCUAGGAGCGAGUCCUGAACUGCUAGAUUGUAGACUGCCUGAGCCACAGAAGAGGAUGACACAGGGUGAAAUGUCAUCACCUGUUCAUAAGGCGUGCUCUCCUAGAGAAUGUUAAAGAGGUGCCAUGGAGGCCAGCAGGACAGGGCACAGGCAGGCUGGGUGGGGGUCAAGCCAGGCCUAGUGCCACAGAACAAGAGCAGCCUAUGACUAAUAGUUAAGGACUUAGUGGAUGGAACAAGGGGUAUGGGGGAAGAAAGAAAAAUAUUCUUCCAAUUACUUUACAGUUUUCCUUUAGGGACAGCUUAGAAUUAUUUGCACUAUUGAGUCUUCAUGUUCCCACUUCAAAACAAACAGAUGCUCUAAAAGCAAACUGGCUUGAAAUGGUUACACUUUGUCCCACAAGCCACCAGACGUGGCAGUGUUCAGAACUACCUGGAUGGAUCUGUAUAUACCUGCGCUUGUUUUAAAGUGGGCUCAGCGCAUAGGGUUCCCACGAAGCUCCGAAACUCUAAGUGUUUGCUGCAAUUUUAUAAGGACUUCCUGAUUGCUUUCUCUUUUGUCCUUCCAUUUCUGCUUUCCUUCCAUUUCAUGCUUUCGUUUCUUACCCAUCCUCCUUCCCCUAGCUCCUAGUUGUCUCUUCUGUUCCAGGCAACUUUAGUGCCCAACCACAUGCUUACCUGACAGCAGUCAACCACAGCCCUAGGAUUCUCCCUGCCCUUUGACUUCCCAUUGCCAGUGCCAGCUAUCAUGUUUAACCCUGAGCAAGUGCUGGGCUCUGCUGAGUCCUUCCUAACCUCUGAAGAACAAGAGGUCAGUAAGCUCUUGCUCCCCUAGGUAGCUUCUUCCUUGCUAAGAAAAACGUCAAAAGGCUUUUCAGACCCUAAACAAUGAGCCUUUUUACCUUCUGCUCUAGAAAAGUGGGCUAGAGAAACUGGGCCACAUGUGGUAGCUGAAAGAGAUAUAGAGGCCCCCUGUGUUCUGCCAGAAUCACUGAGUGGCCCAACAGGGGCACCAUGCCCACUAUCCUUCAACCCACCCAGAAGUCUAAUGUCAAGCAUAGUGUGGUAAGGCACCUGUCAGGACUUGAGCUGGGAGUGACACCAGGGCUCCUUGCUCUUCUUCUGACAUAAACACCUGCCAAGUCUUUUUCUAGUAGAAUUCUUUCCCUUUUGCUCACUGGGGACUGGGUGGAGCCAGCACACCCCAUAUUUCAAUCUCUGCUCUGUAAGUGUAAUGGUGGAUUUUAUAGGCUUGGCUUUGCCGUGGGAUUUUAAUUGAUCAGUUUUUAUUUGGGAUCCCAAAGUUUUAACCUCUGUUCAGGAAGUCCUUAUCUAGCUGCAUAUCUUCAUCAUAUUGGUAUAUCCUUUUCUGUGUUUACAGAGAUAUCUCGUAUCUAAAUCUGUCCAACUGAGAAGUACCUUAUCAAAGUAGCAAAUGAGACAGCAGUCUUAUGCUUCCAGAAACACCCACAGGCACGUCCCAUGUGAGCUGCUGCCAUGAACUGUCAAGUGUGUGUUGUCUUGUGUAUUUUCGUUACCGUUCCCCAGCUUCUUUACUGCGGUGUAAUCAUGGAAGAGUGAAACAUCAUAGAAAUCAUCUAGCACUUCCUUGCCAGUCUUUAGUGAUCAGGAACCAUAGUUGACAGUUCUAAUUGAUAGCUUAAGAUAAAACCAUGUUUGUCUCUUCUGGAAUGGUUAGAACUAAGUGAGAGAUCUUGCCCCAUUCUGAUUGCAGUCAUAGUUGGGCUUUCUUGCAUAUUUGUAUCCCUUUCCUUGUGCUACAAAUGCAAAUCUUGCAACCAACUUCCUGUCAGGCAAUCAUUUUGCCUGCUCUGCUGUUGAUCCUCAGCAUUGGUUCUGAUUCCUCCCCAGGAAUGGAAGAGAGGGGUCAGAAGAGGGACUCUCGAGGGUCCAGGCUUUCUCCAAGGACAAAAGGCCCCUGCGGCCCCCACCGCACCCCACCCCUGCAGUGGCCUCACACUCCCCAAGGACACCUUUCCAUACCCUCACAGCAUCUAGCCAGGUUGACAUCAAAUUGUUUUAUUGUGGUUUGCUUGGGGUUUUGAUGUUAUAAUUACUUAGUCCAAUGAAAUGUGACUCUUAGGUUGGGGAUCCCUCAUCCUUAGAAGACAACUUAGGCUGAUUAGACAUUCACAGUUGGGAUUGCAGCACUUCGGGUGCCAUUUUCUUUAAUUUGAUCCCCAUCUUCAGCCUCCUCACUCCCCAGCUUUCCCUUAGAGCUGGUUUCAAAACUGCAGGUGGUGGUGCCUGCAGCUCCUUAGGGGUUUUGUUUUUGUUGUUGGUUUUUAUUUUAUUUUAUUUUUUUGGCUUUCUGCCUUUUUCCCCAUUCCCUCAUCCCCAAAUAAGGGCAUCAUGAGUCAGUCUACUUUAAGUGGGCAAUUUUGGAGAGAGGGGGUUGCCCUGUCAGCUAAGGACUCUAUAUAGGCACUCAAGUGCUUUUGCCUUGCAGUCAGGUUGACAGGAGGUAGAAAGGGAAAGCCAUAGGAUUCUCACCAGCUGUGUCUGGCUCAGACCUGAUGUAUUUGAAUAUUGUAAAGAUUGGGUGGCAUUUUCACUGGAUAUGUAAAGAAUACAGGAACUGACCAACAGCUUUCAGGUACCUGGGGCUAGAUCUUGAAAGUCAUAUCCAAUCUUCCUUACCAUGUUCUUGUUGUUAGUUACUACUACCUCUCCCAAAUAGAUUGUUGUAUAUCCUCCAACUAUGUUCGUCCUGGCCCAUUCCUGCCCAUUCUUGAGUCUGACUUAACCAGUGGAACUGAUGCCCCUGACAGUGUAGUGAGUUGAGAACUCUUGGUCACAGCCAGCCUCUAGUACAGCUGCCUUCUGCUGGUGCUGUAUUUCCAUAUCAAAAGGCACCGGGGAGAUCUAAAAGUACCAGUUCCCCCAGUCCAUCAGUGCCAGUGUAGCCUGUGAUCCCAGCAUGGGUACAGAGAACUCUGUUUAGUGCUCUCCCAACAGACUAGAAGCCACAAACUUUGGAAGUGGGAACCAGAGCGACCCAAAUUGCCGCUGCUUCCCCCAGCUUGUUCUUGCUACGACAGUGAUAAAAGGGCAAUAACCAGAGACUUACUGCCAAUUUUGGUAGGGAAAGAGUUUCUAGAGCUAAUAGGACUUUUGAAUUUUAAGUAAGUUGUAAUAAGUGGCUCAAGCACAGCCAGGAACAAGCAAAAGGCUUGGAACUGAUCAGAUGAGACCAGCCAGAUUUCAUGCCACUCAAGUGGAGUCCAGUUGCCUGAACUCUAUAGCACUUCUCUAACACAAAGAGCAGUCUAGCCAGGCUCUCCAGGCUGAGGAGAGGUCACAGGUGCCAGUUCUAAAAGAAAACAUUUGUACAUCAGUUCAUGGCCUAUAUCUUUGCCCCAUUGUUUGCUGAUUCAGGUUCACACUACAGAUUCUAGGACAGAUGGCUGAGACUUGGGGAAAAAAAAAGUUUCUAGAGCCCCUGUGGACCAUGGCAUAGCAAAGUCCCAAGUUGAAGGGGGCUAGGCAGAUGCAGCAAUGCCCUAUGCUGGACCAAGUGCCCUCUGCUCCAUUCACAUCCUCUUCUGGCUCUUCCUUCCUGUUCUCUGCUUCAGUGAACCAGCCGAACUCUGAAGAGAGUUGUUGAUUCUCUCCAUUUUGAUGUCCUUCUAUUUUAGGUAUUAUAUUAAUCUUUAGAAAAAGCUUAGUCUAAUUGUUACAAAUUGCUAGUAUACUGCCUCCCCCAGUAUGCUAAAGGGGAAAAAUUGAACAGUGAAACUAGUUCUCAACUAUUUAGUAGGAAAACCUUGAAAACAUUUGGAAAAAAAAAAAAAAAAAAAAAACCAAUUAUACAUUUUGAUGGUUCUGAAUAAGAGGAGGCUUUUGCAAAAAAAAAAAAAAAAUGUUGAUCCAAAAGUACUUAGUUCUGGAGAGUGAUCUGAGCAAAGGGAACUCCUACAUCUAUGGAGGUCAAACUGGCAGACUGUUGAGAUUCGAGACAUUAUUACUAGAAAACCUCUUUGGGUAGCUGACCCCAGGAUACCACUUCUGACCUUGUCCUUUGCUGGUAUGAAGUUUAGUGGCCUACCAGAUGCCAAAACUUCAUGAAACCAGCUCUUGGUGUAUCAAGUGGAACAGUUGUCAAUGACCCAGAAGGCCCAUCACAAAGUGUCUUCUCUCUUCUCAUCUUCACUGAGCCUACCCUAGCACUACUGCAUAAACUAGGGAGGGUCUGUUGCCUACAGAGCAUCCCUCCCUGGGACCUACUGUCUCUUGCACUCUGCCUACCCCUCCCUCAGGAUCUUGGCAUAGAUGAAAUGGCUGUGUGGCAAGUACUUUGGCAUGCCCUCCUAAACUUACCCCAGUGCCUCUCCCUGCCUCUUUAAGUCAGUCUCCCACUAGGGAGGCAUGAGAGCCCAUAGAGUGGAGAAGGGAGGACAAGAAAGGCAGGCAGGCAAUGCAAAGGCUCUAGGAGGAAGGACAGGCCCUCAGACUUUGCACAAGCAGGACUCAGCCACUCAUGGAACUAAGUAUCAUCUUUGAGUUUAAGAACAUUUGGGCAACUUGCAAAUGACCUUUGCUCCUUGCUCUUCCUCUCAUCUUUUAUCAGGUCCUGUUUAGCAUAAAGAGAAAAUGCAGUGAAAAGGCAAAGAGGUUUGGCUCCUGCCCACUGAUAGUCCCUCUCCCUGCAUUGUUUGUGUGUCAAGUGGCAAAGCUGUUCUUCCUGGUGACCCUGAUUAUAUCCAGUAAUUUAUAGACUAUAUGCAUAGGUCUGCUUUGUCUCUUCUAUUCUGGGCUUUUGAUUUGCUCUUCAGUUUUGCUUUUAGUUUUCCUAUUUUUAUUUUAUGUACCAACUAGACACACAAAGCAGUUGAAUUUAUAUAUAUAUAUAUAUAUCUGUAUAUUGCACAAUUAUAAACUCAUUUUGCUUGUGGCGCCACACACACAAAAAAAAACUUUUGAAAUUAUACCUGUUGCUUAAUUACAAUAUUUCUGAUAACCAUAGAGUAGGACAAGGGAAAAUAAAAAAGAAAAAAAAGAAAAAAAAGAAAAAAAAGACAUCUGCUGGUCACUUCUUCUGUCCAAGCAGAUCUGUGAUCUUUCCUCACUUCUUUCAAAGGCUUCCCUGUGCUAAGUGAAGGAAUCUCCAGGCUGCACCCAGGUUUUGUACUUUGUUUCUCCUCUGCCAUGAAAGGGGCCCCAUGAUUCUGGGUGCAGAACAGUUCAUUUCAGCAUGGCAAGGGGGAAGCAGGCGCACUCCCUUUACCUGCUGAAAUCAGAACUUAGUGGGCAUAGCCCAGUCCUCACUUCUAGCGGUGGGAAACUGGCAUGCAUGGUGGUGGCCCAAUGUCCUCCACCCUUCCCUGGCCAGGAGAGCCUGUGUGUAGUAAGUCUGGCAGGCUUCCCCCAAUUAGCAGGGCUCGGAGCAUUUCAAAAACCCUCCUCACUUUGCCGAGUCCAGGGACUGGAGAGGAGAUAGGAGACUUGACCCAUCUCUAAACUUGUUAGCUGUACCAGGUAGAAUGCCAGAGACCCCAGAAUCACAUCCAAUGGGUCUCCUCCAGAAAUAUCCUUUUCUCUUCUCCCUGCUCCCAUGAGUAACUGCAUUUGCUUUUACAAUUCUUGAUGAGCAAUAUCUGCUAGACAGUUUAGCCGUAACAGUUCUUUUUGCAAAAAGAUCAUUCUUAAGUAAUUAAAAACACCCCCC